GAAAAUGUUACCGUCUCACCAGCGGAGUUACCUCGGACAGCAGGGCAAGCUUGCGUUAUUCCACCUUUUGUGCAGCAUUACAGGCGUGUGUGCCAGUCAGGUGGUGGUGCCUGAGAGGGUGAAUGCUGUGCUGGGGAAGAAUGUGACGCUCCAGUGCAAGGUGGAAGUGGGUUCAAACCUUACUCUUACUCAGAGUUCCUGGGAGCGCCGUCUGCCAUCAGGCUCCGUCACCGUCGCCGUCUACAACCCUCAGUAUGGCAUCUCCAUCCCUCCAGAGUAUAUCCACCGCUUGUAUUUUCGCUCGCCCUCCUCGCAUGACGCCACCAUUGUCUUGGGAAACGUGGGCUACGCUGAUGUCGGCAUCUAUACCUGUAAGGUUGCCACGUUUCCUCUUGGAAACACUCAGGACUCCACGACCGUCAAUGUACUUGUGGAGCCGAAAGUCUACAUAUCUGCAGGUUCAUCUGCUUUGAUCGACGGUGGCAAUGACACCGUGGUGGCCACUUGUAUUGCUGAGCGAGCCCGGCCCCCUGCUGAGGUGUCCUGGGAGUCCAACCUUUUUGGACAGUCAGAAGUGCAGCUAUUUGACGAAGCCAACGGCACAACCAGCACACAAGUGAGCUACCUUUGGCAGCCAACACGUCAUGUCCAGGGCCACGCACUCACCUGUGUUGUCCGCCACCCGGCCCUGCAGAGUGACUUCAGGAUCCCCUACCAACUCAAUGUGCAGUUUGCUCCUGAUAUCUCUGUUGUGGGCUAUGAUGGAGACUGGUAUAUUGGUCGGGAACACGUUCAAAUGACGUGCAAAGCCAAUGCAAACCCACCGCCUAAUCACUUCAGAUGGAUCAGAUUGGACAGUGAAAUGCAAGAAGGGGUGGAAAUAAUGAACAGCACUUUGCUCUUCCUGCGUCCCCUCCAGCGGAACGACUCUGGAGUUUACAGGUGUGAGGUUGCCAAUGAGAUCAACCUCCGCAGUCAGGAUGUGCGCAUUCUCAUACAAGACCAGUCUCAAGCAGAGAGGUCAAACUCCAUCGUUGUGGCCGGAGCCGUGAUGGGCGCAGUCCUGGUUCUCGUCCUCAUCGCUGUCUUCGUCAUCGUAAUCCUCACCGCUCGCAAGGCCCCGCCCCCAUCCUUCACUGACAAAGUGAUUGACCUUCCUCCGACACACAAGCCGCCUCCUCCCUACUCUGAGAGAGUUCCUGCCGUUCCCCUGGGUGUCCACGCAUCACAAGUGGCCUGGCUCUGUCAGACGCGCAUGGCCGACCGCAGGCACGAGCUGACCGACGGGCAGCAGCCACGCACAACGAGGCCAGGACCACCGUCCACACGGAGCCCCACCCAGCAGCAGUCCCACCUGCAGUGGGUGUGUCAUCAGAGUGGGACGGACCGGGUGUACAUCAACCAUCGUGAACACUACGUUUGACAGACAUGCCGAACACACUCGCCGUCUGAGGCUGCACCUGAUUCACUGGGUCGUCAACCCACAGGACGACGGGGCCGGCGGCGUCAGAGGACCACGUCUCUCUCUCACGUUUUCAUUACUUUUUUAAAUUUCAUAUCGUUCACUUUUUUUUUCUCUUGAGGAGUUUAAUGUUCGUUUGACAUUUGGAUGGAGCAGGCUGGUCGUUCCCCUCGGCCUCUAUGCGCUGUGCUAAACUAAGCAGAUUGCCUUCUGGCGCUAGAUUCAUAUUUACUGGACACAUGAGAAAGGUAUUGAUCUUCUAAAAGGGAAUAAGUGCAGUUCUCAGAGUUGAACUAUUCCUUUAGUUCUUUUUCCUCUUCUGUUUACUGAUAUCCUGUGUUUAUUAGUGUUUGAUAUCACUCGGGAUACCAAUAUGAUGCUUUAGAAAUCGCAUUGGAUCUCUAAACGGCGUGUGCACUAUAUACUAUACAUGAGUAGAUCAAAUAACUGGGGGUCAUAGAUAUCCUCCGUAUUCAAACACAGUUUCCCUUUUUCAUUUUCAUUACCACAAAGUAUAAAGCGGAGACUCUGUUCUCCGGCUCGUCACGAGACCAAGACGCUGCAGAUCCAAACUGCCGGUCCACUGAGACCAAAUGUACCGACUGCAACACAGACCAUGAAGGGAUUAAUUAAGGUGUUUCUGUCCCAGUGUGAUUUGCUGUUGUAGUGUUGUGACAUGAGGCUUUUUGGCAGCAGAAAUGGUAGAUUUGUAAAUGUGUAAAUAUAGCCCCUGUGUUAUAGUCAUUACGUAGUCAUAACCUUCUACUAAUCAGGGAAACUGUAAUCUGAGACGUUACUGUGUAAAGUAUUAAGAGCAUUUUUUGGCGGAGAGUUUUAAAUUGAAGGGGAUUAUGUACUACAUACUCCUGUAAAAUGUGUCGCACUCUAUAUAGUAGUAGCUGUAGUUUUAACAUAUCUUCAGUGCUGUCAUCUUUGAUUCAUGAAUUAAAAUGCAUUUUCUUUUAAAUGCAUAACAUUUGGACCAUUGACGUGAUGCUGUGACAACAGUACAUUAAAAAUCACCAUCUGUUCUCACUCGGAUGAGCUAGAUGAAGGCGUUCAAAUAGCCCCCCGAAAGUAAGCGGACUGAGAGAUGGAAGCUCUGAGUCACGACGUGCAGAAACAAAAGAAGUCCUUGAAAACUUGAGAGGGAGAGUUUGAAUUGACGUGUGGCGGAUUUCUGAGGUAAAUUCAUCUCAAGGUCACAUUGACUCCACCGUGAUUUUCACAACGGAGAGGAAACCUGUUUGUCUCACCAGGACACGUUUGUUGUAGAUGAUGCAGUGUUUCUAUUUGAGGGCAAUGUGUUGAUGGUUUUAACAUGAAUAACGUGCCAGGAUUCAUCUAUUUCUUUAGAUCAGUCAGUGAUCUGUGGGUUUCUCCAUCGUCUCAUGAAGGGGUGUCGCAGACACUUUCAAGAGCAGCACCUAGUGGACAAACAUGUCAGUGCAACACCUGGUGGUGAGUGUAUCGGACUGUAUGUAUUCAUAUGUAUGUAUCGUGUGUGUAUACGUACAUGUGUGGACAUUAAUCUUCUGUGUGUGUAUGACCCUGUGUUUUCUCUCUGUCCACGAGAACUUAACUAUAUAAGAUUAAUGGCAUGCGGCUAGAUUUUAGAACAGUGCCGAUAUUAAGUCAGUUGGAUCCUACACUAAGUUUUUUUGUUGUUGUUGUAAAUCCAAGUAUCAAUCCACACUGACUAGUUGACGUUUGCCACACUGGACUGCGUGUUUAUUGAGAAACAUAACUGUCAGCAAGCAGUUCUAAAAUCUCUGACUGGGAAUAAUAUUUCAGUUUUGAAUCAGACAAUUCAUCCUGGGUGGCAUUUUACCCACUUUAUCAAAUGUCUCUCUUUAAACAAACCUCUGCGGUCUUCUGUGAACAUUUAAACCUCCGGUUUAUGAAGUUGAAUGGUUGUUUUUCCUUUUCUGUUUUAGACGGAGCAAUAUGUCCUUUUCAAGAGGACAUUGACUCGUCACAAUAGGCUUAGCACAGGUGUAAAUAACACAAUAAUGAUAGCUGCUUCACUUUGUGCGUGUAUGGUUCUCACUAACAUGUCUAACUGGUACACGUGAACACAACAUGUUUAUUGUAAGGGACACCUGUGCUUCUCCGACUAAAAGUCAAACACCUGCUGUGAAAAAGAACUUUGACAUCAUUAUUAAUAAAGUUACACAAGUAACAGAUGAGUGAUUAAGAUUUA